AUGACGUCAAUUAUCAUAGCGGCAGUGGCGGGUAACGUACUCGUGGUCAUAUCAGUCUUCACCUACAAGCCACUAAGGAGCGUCCAGAACUUCUACAUCGUGUCGCUGGCGCUUUCUGAUCUGCUGAUCGCCGUGGUCGUCAUGCCCUUUCACGUCUUGUACGGCCUGGAAGGUAAGUGGUCAUUCGGUCAAGCGAUGUGCAACGUGUGGGUGACUUGCGACAUCCUUAUGUGCACCGCCUCCAUACUCAACCUCUGUGCCAUUGCUGUCGAUCGGUGA